GCCCUGGCUUCAGUUGCAGCAGCAGCAGCGGACAACCUAUGCAACAAAAGCUUGCUGCAGAACCGGGCAACUGUCCGACCUCUUGAGCGGACAGAAACACGGAGCCGGCGGCUGACACGACCCGGCGAGGUACGACUGCAGGGCUAAAGAUUGCAGCCUGGACUAAAACGAAGACGUCUCAACGACAUUUAUGAAGCUUUCAAGGCCUUUUGAUUGAUCAGCCAAUCGAUGGGGAUUCUCAGAGGAGCUCCGCCUACCUUUGCCGCCUGCCCUACUCCACCACCUCCCUCCCCCUCACCCUGCAGCCACUUCUUCACCCCUGCCCGCUCCGUCUCCCAGCUCUCCAUCCAGCCUUUCUCCAUACACAAAAUGACUCUGGAACUCACCGAAUGGUCCUCAAUAUGGAUUUGUACAGCUUGUAAUAGACAGUAAGAGAAAGAGGGAGAAACCUCAAUGACAGAAAAGCCAUAAUCAUUCAUACACACCACACAUACACACACUUACACACUAUACAUAACACACACACACUCACACAAACAAGCAAGUAAACACUGACAGAUUAUUCUCAAUAAUACACACAAAAAGGAGCAAACGCACCAACCUGCUCUUGGAAUGUAACACAUGCGCUUCCUGUGAAAAUGUAAACACUUCGUCUGAUUUCUUGAUUUUCGACAAGCCUUCUGGAAAGCUGAUUUUAUUUUUUCUUAACUCUGGGGAUUAAAACAAAAAGGCCAGAGGAGGAUUAAAGCCUGUUGGAUUUGGAGCUGCAAUAUUUUUCGUUGGACAACUUGAUUUUCAGGUGACUUUUUUUUUCUAAAGGAUAACUCGUUUCUGAUCUUUUUUGUUUGUUUCUUUUAACAUUAAUGGAUCUAUACUAGAUCUUGUUUAAAUAACCUAGAGUCCUUUUUAAGCAGGACACAGUUUUAGAUAUAAUCAUUUACCUAGAUUGCUGGGACACUAUCUGUUACAGAGUCUUAGAAAAAAAAAAAGUGUAACUUGUAAAGAUUGUACUUCCGUUACUUCCAGAAAGUCACUACUUCUUGAAGUUACUACAAAAGAACGGAUACAUCCAAUUUUUUUUGUAAACUACAGGUCAACUCUAGAUUUUUUUGUUUGUACGGAGAGGUGCACUUGUUUUUUCCAUCGCGUGCAUGCCCUCCAACAUGCCUCCCCAGAACACAGAGGCUGACACCAUGCAGGUCGGAUCUGUGGUUGGCGGGGUCAAUGCCAAAAACUCCACGACAUCGGGCUCGGACGAGGAGAAGGGAGGAGCAGCCGGCGAGACGGAUGGAAAGGGGGGAGGAGGCCAAGGAGCGGAGGAGUCGGCGAGCGAUGGAUCUGUAGAAGGCAUCCCCCUGAAGAGAUGGGUGAUGCACGGGGCUGUGAUGUUUGGACGGGAGUUCUGCUACGCCAUGGAGACAGCGCUGGUGACGCCGGUUCUGCUGCAGAUAGGUCUUCCAGAGCAGUACUACAGUCUGACGUGGUUCCUCAGUCCGGUUCUCGGCCUCAUGUUCACUCCUCUGAUCGGCUCGGCCAGCGACCGCUGCACGUUGCGCUGGGGCAGGAGGAGACCCUUCAUCCUGGCUCUGUGUAUAGGAACUCUGUUAGGAGUGGCUCUGUUUCUCAACGGAUCGCUGAUAGGUCUGUCCAUGGGUGACGAGAAGGGGAGACAACCAAUAGGGAUUGUCCUCACUGUGCUCGGGGUGGUGGUGCUGGACUUUUGUGCAGACGCCACAGAGGGACCAAUCAGAGCAUACCUGCUGGACGUGGCCGACACGGAGGAACAAGACAUGGCGCUCAACAUCCAUGCCGCCUCAGCAGGUCUUGGUGGUGCAGUGGGUUAUGCUCUUGGAGGUUUGGACUGGACACACACCUUCCUUGGAGCAAUCUUCAGGUCCCAGGAACAGAUCCUGUUCUUCUUUGCUGCCGUUCUCUUCUCUAUCUCUGUGGUGUUGCAUCUCUUCAGCAUCGAGGAGCAGCAGUACUCAUCCCAUCAUGACCGAAUCGACCAGGAGAGUCCAGAUCGCACCAACCCGCCACCAUCAGCAAACGGUAGGAAUGGACUUCUGGCCCCCAAGCUGGAAUUGAUCGGAGAGAACGACACACUGGACAGCUACGACCUCUAUGACCCCUAUGGAGACGACCUCUCAGAGCGCGGGGAUAUGGACUUCCUGGAGGUGGAGCUUGUGAGAAGUAAAAGUGACAGUGUUCUCGCCAUGGCAGACGCCACUCUCAACCACAUGGACCAUGAUGCAUUGUUCCUCUGCCACAUAGAGCCUUCCAUCUUUGCCGACCGCCUCUCACCCUACCACAGCUCCCCUCCAAUGACCGGUUCCUACUUCACCUCCAAUUACAACAAUCAGCCUUCCAAGUUUGGCAACAUCAGACGGAGCAGCAGCGCAGGCAGUCAAGACCUGCUCCGCCUCCAAACGAACAACCACCAAACACACGCUCCCACCGAAAGGGUCUCCCGCCUCUCGGCUUUCUUACAGGAAAUGGAGAAUGACGAUGGUCAGGAGGCGCUGCUGAACAACCAGCUCAAUGAGCAGAGGACACUGAACGGACGGCUGAUGGCCGGUGUAACUAAUGCUGAUGGAGACGACACUAACAGACUGAGCUCCAAAGGACAGGCCCAUCGAGCUGGAAUGGUCAAGGCUGCUAGUACAGGAGCCCCCAUGAGGCAGCCCCGUCACCGUCACACCUUCUACCGCCAGCCGUCCUGCACAUUUUCCUACUACGGUCGAGUCGGUAGCCAUCGCUACCGUUACCGCCGGGCCAACGCCGCCUUCCUCAUCAAGCCAUCUCGAAGCAUGAGCGACCUGUACGAAGUGGAGGAGAGACACAGGAGGAGGAGCAGACAGAGGAACAGGCACCGCAGUGGAAACACCAACUCUUCCAGCGGGGACACAGAGAGUGAAGAGGGAGAGGUUGAGACGACUGUGCGGCUGCUGUGGCUCUCCAUGCUGAAGAUGCCUCCUGAGCUGCUGCGACUGUGCGCCUGUCACCUGCUCACCUGGUUCUCCAUCAUUGCCGAAGCGGUCUUCUUCACUGAUUUCAUGGGACAAGUCAUCUACCAUGGAGAUCCUACUGCUCCUGCUAACUCAACUAUGCUUGAAAACUAUCACAGAGGAGUUCAGAUGGGAUGUUGGGGACUGGUUAUAUAUGCCAUGACUGCUGCUACAUGCUCCGCUAUUCUUCAGAAAUACCUCGACAACUUCGACCUGAGCAUUAAGAUCAUCUACAUCCUGGGAACAUUGGGUUUCUCAAUAGGAACUGCUGUCAUGGCAAUCUUCCCUAAUGUUUAUGUUGCAAUGGUGAUGAUCAGCAGCAUGGGCAUCAUCUCCAUGAGUAUCUCCUACUGUCCUUACGCUCUGCUGGGACAGUAUCAUGAAAUGAAAGAGUACAUCCAUCACAGUCCUGGUAACUCUCGGAGAGGCUUUGGCAUCGACUGUGCCAUCUUAUCCUGCCAGGUGUACAUCAGUCAGAUCCUGGUGGCCUCGGCUCUGGGUGCUGUAGUGGAGGCAGUUGGCAGCGUCCGUGUCAUUCCCAUGGUGGCCUCUGGGGGAUCCCUCCUCGGAUUCUUCACCGCCUGCUUCUUGGUCAUUUACCCAACUCCACACAGCCGGGACGUGGACUCAUCCAAAGCUUCAGAGAAACGGGCUUUGACAAAGCCGGAAAAUCCCACUGGCAGUGAAGUGGCCGUGGUUAUCGAAAAACCGAGCUUCCUGAAACUAAACAAGUCCGGCAAGGCCACCACCAGCACUACAUCCUGUCACACGGAGAAAGAGUCUGCUCUGUGAUUGAUCGGCUACAUCGACAGACACGUUGCUGCAGAAGAAAAUAAAUAAAUGUUUGAAUUAGAGCCGAUGGAGAGACUGUGGGAUGUGCAGCAUCGUCCUCAGUUGGUCAACUCUUUGUGUCUGUGCUUUCUUCUGACUGGCUUUUCUGCAAGGAAAAACAAAAUCUGCCAUGGGACCAAUGUAACACCAGACCAACAAACCCAACAUAUAAGCAAUCUGGUCCCAGUACCGCUCUAGCCAUCAUUGAAAUUCUUUUCACCUAACCCUCACAGAUAUCUGACUGAUCCGUUGUGGGUUGUCCAGAGGUGAGCGAUUCAUUGUUUUAAGGAGAGGUCGUUUCUGUCUCUCAGGGCCUGUAGGAGGUGCUACCGAGCCACCGCCUGGACAGGAAAUUUCAGGGGACUCACACACACACACACACACACACACACACACACACACACACACACACACACACACACACACACACACACACACACACACACACACACACACACACACACACACACACACACACACACACCUCUUCAUCUGGGGGGGUCAACACAAUAAUCACAUAAACUCCUGAGUAACGAACAUUGUUGAUGAAAACAAGUCCUCGAAGCUGCAAUCAUUGAAAAUGCUGAAAAUUGUUCUUCCUCGAUGUGGAUUACGCUUGCUUGAAUCUUUGCUAACUUGAUGUGGAAGAUAAACGACGUGUGUGUGUUUCUGUUGACUUUGUUUCUCCAGUGAGGGCAUUGUGUUCACCAAAAUAAAGCCAACACACUUUGGCUUUGCGGGACUUUGACACCACUCUGCGUCUGUAGCUUUAAGACUCGAGAGACUUUUGGAAGUGGCAUUUCUUUUUUUUAAAUCUAAGAGCCUGGUCACCGAAAAAAAAAAAAGACAUGUUUGUUCCUGAUCACCCAAAUGGCUUGUGAAUGGAUUUUUUUUUUUUACUCAAAAAGUCUUUAAUUGAGCCUUAAGGAGGCUUUGCUCGGAAGUGGAGAGCAUGAGCGUAACGUUGCCUGUAUAUUCAGCCGAAAGGACAAACGUGGUCAAAUUCCAGGAAAGAAAGAGCAUAGAUGCAAUGAGCAAUGGCAUUCAAAUCCCAAAUAUUAUUGUCAUGACUUGUGAAGGGCCCAGAAAGAUGCUUCUCUUUGUUUUGAAUAAUCAGACUAACCUACAUGCUGCAGGAGCAGGAGAGAGACUAAUCAACCAGCAGACGAGAACAGGAGAGAGAUGUGGAGUUGUUCUUUUUCUCUCUGCUUAUUUUUCAUUUUUAUUUAAAAAUACUGUUAGCACAAUGUUUGUGUCGUACUGCACAUUGGCUGAGCCAUUGUUGAAGGGGUGUUAAGUGGCAGUAUGAAAAGGCUUGUUAUUGGAGCAUUGAUGGAGGAUUCAAGUUCCUAGUUUAGGCGUCAGACCUCUGCUAAUUCUAAUCUGUCAACAGAAGUCGAUAAACUUAUCUUCGAUGCUCAUUAUAUCUGAGUUUCAUACACUAUAUUAAUGUCUAGAACAAGAGAAAGGGAUGAGAAAAAUUCUAUUAGUUCAAAGGAGUAAAAUGGGAUUUUGGGAAAUCCCUUUUAUUUACUUUGUUCUGUAGAAUUACAUCAAAAAAUGUAAAUCUCUUCUCUGUAUGCUAAAUAUGAAACUCCCCACAUUAGACAGUUAGCUUAGCUUAGCAAAAAUACUUGAAACAGAAGGAAGUAGGUAUUUUAGUUAAAAAAAAAUGUCUUCCCUGUUUCUGUUUUCCUUUUUUUUUUAGCCUAACACCAUUUGGUUAUUGCUUCAUGUUAAACAUACAUGAUGGUACCGAUCUGAUUCAAGAGUUUCCCAAAAUGACAGACUACUCCUUCAAAUGAAAAAACUUCAGAACAAAAUUUGAAUUGGUCCAGGUUUGGAGAUGCAUGUUUUAACCAUUAACUAAAGCCUUUUGUAAAGUAUUGACAUCUGCUGUUUAAUUAGAGCAAAUAGCAGCAGUGUGAUACGUUUGGCUUCACUUUGGCCCUGUUUGCAUUUAUAACAACAAUCAGAGGCUUAUAACAUAAAUAUUGUACUACAAUGGAGGGGCUAGAUGCAAGAUGCAUAAAUUAAAAACAAACUCCUUCCAAUCCUGAUAGAUUGUUUCAUAGAGCUGCACGUUUACGAAAAUAGUUGCAUUUAAAAAAAUCAUGCAUGGUGUCAUUGGUUUUCUGAUAAACCAACCAGGCGUCUGUUAAUCAGUGAGGGGAGAGGGCUGUGUGAGGGUCAUUCAAGGAGAGGGUGGUCUGUUGUGGUGAAAUCCUUUCUGAAAACGGUUGUGGGUGUGUGUUUUUUUAUUUCUGUCCUCCAUCUGUCAGGGGGAAAGGAGAAGGAUUUGGGUCAGUUUUCCUCUUGGCUCCAUCAGCUGAAACAUCAAACUUAAAGGAAUCCAAAUGUAAAGUGCAAGUGGGUUGAUUUACUAAUGAAAGCAGAUUUCAUGUCAGAGUGUAUUAAAGCAUUUAUGGAGAAGCUUAGUCAUUAGAAGAGGAUUCACUCACGACAAUGUGCUUAUUUCUUUCCCUUGGAGGCGUGUUGGUGCAGUUUUUAAAUUUUUCUUUUUUUUAACAAAAUAGAUUCCAUUAUUUCAGGUACAUUCAGUCAGUCCCCGACCAGAACAGAGGAAGUGUUUUUGCUCUGUGACUGUGUUACUAUGAUGGGAUCAUGACAAAAGACAAGAGGGUACAGAUGCAGGGUUCUGUAUGGCGUCUGUAACCACAUGGGCAAUAAAACAUUCUGGCUAAAUAAAUAGAUGCGAAACUUCGCUUUCAGGACAGACAUGAAGCUUAAAAAAAACUUCUGUUUUGGAAGGUUUGCAUGCAAAAAUAGCAAUAUGCAUGUAUGCAACACCAAAGUAUGACUCUGUACAAAUCACUCAAGCUCUUUUCUUUAUUGUCCUAUUAGGUCAGGGAUGUAUUUUAUAAUGCAUGGCUGGAUGUUUGUGUCUUUCUGUUUGAACUUUACUGUGUAUAGAAAAACCAACAUGUACUUUUUAAGCUGAAGCAUUGUGCUCGGGCUGGGUGAGUACACUCUUAACAAGCAUGUGACUUUGAUUUCUUUUGGCACAUUUACGAGUAACGUUUCAGACGACACACAUCUUGUUGCUUGUGCAUAAAGGUGUUAUGAAGGUGUAGAAAUGUUUAAAACAAGAUGUGUGUAGUCUCUGAACAAACUACUCCUUGUUAAAAGUGUAGAUGAGAAACUCCAGGCCGUGAAUACUUGAAGUGCAACUUGAGUGUUUUUGUUCCAUUGCAGUGAAAAGUCUUUGAUUUUUGGGUUUCUUCAUGUUUUUUUGUUUUUUUUGUUCUUAAAUGUCCCAUGCCUUUUUAACGCAGACUCUGGAAUGUUCAGACAGCAGCUCGGCUUGCUGGGAGAUUGAGUUCUUACCUUUGAUUACAUCUUGUGACUUAAAUGUUAUCGAAUGUGAAGUGAUUUCAGCUGAAAUCAUUUUAAUUUUGAUGUUUGCAUAACCAAGGGUGGGGGGGGGGGGGGUGGAAGGGGUGUGACAUUGCACAGAACUUGCACAUGAUAAAACAAACAGUAGAUGUGUGUUGCAAAAGAAAGAAAAUAUAUAACUGUGGAUAUUUAUUUUUUGUAGGUUUCUUUUCUAAGAAGGAAACUUUUACGUAGUUUCCAAAAGGAUUCAUUAAAGCUAUUCUGUUUGCUGUUAUGGGAGUUGUUACACAAGUGGACGGAAUCAUGUGUGUGUUUGUGUGUGUGCGUGUGUGUGUAUGAGGGCAGUCUCGGCUGCUCAAAUGUAAGGAACAGGGCAAGAGUGUGUUAAAAAUGUCAUCUCAGUGUUUGUUAUUUUGGUUCUGGUUCUCCAUUCUUUGCAAUCACCUGGUUUACACUUAACUCUGGAAUCGUUGGCUGCAUAGGGUGGUGGGUGGGGGGGGGUAUUUACGAGUCUUUAAUUUUUCGGUGUUUUAACUCAAGUAGAACAUUUCCUUUUUCGUUUUUGUUUUUGUUUGAACUUGAGGCAGAGCCACAAGGGAGAGUUUUGGCCUUUGCACUUUUUUCAGUGGCGGCCAUAUUGGCUCCACCCUCCUGAUCAUUGAAUGAAUGUUGUGAUGUGGUGAUGCCUGCUCAUAUUCCAGCUAGCAGCUGUCAGCAGCUGUAAUGCUGUUACGUCCAACCUGGCCUGACUCGGCCUGUGUGGCUCUGCCUCGAGAACACUGUGUGUUAAAGACGGAGGAGAGCGAUGCCUAUACACUUAGAUCUACACAGAGAUUAAAUCAAGAUGAAUACUUAAAGAAUGGGAAAGCAAGUACUUUACUAUAUAUAAUAUGCCUUGUUAUAUGGAAAAAAAGAUGUGUAUAUAUACAGAUUUCUCUUUAGUUUCUUCUUUUUUUUGCUGCUAUAAAAAAGAUGAUUAUUUUUGUUAGUAGUUUUGUUUUCUAUAUAAAGACUGUAUAUAUCUCUAUGUUCUGUAAAUAUGCUUGAGCCUUCAUAUGUAGGACUCUGGAUGAACACUGUAUGGAACACACCUUUAAAAUCUACUCAGAAGUAAACCAACAA